AUGCUACUCAACCCCAAAAGAAGCUGUCUGCGUUUGCUGUUCUUUCCGUACGCAUUUCGUUACGAACCGCACCUACAAUUAAUGGUAUGCAGGAUGGUGGCACAUUCACCGCGUGAGUGCAGCUUUGGCAGGGGGUCGUUGCCUUGCCAGGCUGGCCCGGUCCCAGGGCCCAAAGCUAAGGUACUCCGCAGUGCCAACAAUAGAAGUCUCCUCGAGUCUUGCUUGCGAAGAAAUGGGCACCUUACGUCAAACCUGCUGUGA